AAGGAGGUCAGGUCCAGCUGAAAUGAAUGAACUGUAACCGUGAUAUCUUUUCUCCACGAUCUACCAUCCACUAGUCAACUUCUUCCGUCAUCAACUAUUUCAUCUUCCAUGGCAUUCUCGUCUCCGCAUUCUGCCUCCAGACUAUCAUUCUUCAUCCACCGCUUAAUUAAUAUCUUGUGACUUGUAUCGCGCCUACGUGAGUUAGUUCAUCACGACCUCCCCACCAAAAGUCGACUCAACUUCCCUGGAUCUUGAGCCCCGCCGCCACUCGUCGACUUUCGUCACUCGGAGCCUCGGAGACGUUGCGCAAGGCACAAACAACAAGCCAAUACACUUCCAAGCUCAAUAGUGACAAACUACUACUCUUUCAACCCUUUACAUCACAUAAAUCUAUACGACACCCCCAUAAGAAGCUCGGAAACGGCAUCUAUCAACAUGGAGACUCCAGCGAUCCCAAUGCCGCGGGACCCCCGGGAGCAAGCUAUCCUCGAGAAGCUACAGCUGGUCCGAGAUCGCCUACUGCUUCUUAAACAAGAUCGCACAAACUACAUUCGAACUCAAGAUGUCAUGCCAUUGUUUGAUGAGACCAUGGAUCAAGUUAAGGAGCUGGCGGUUGUGCGCGCCGAAACAGGCGAUAAGGAGGAGAACAGAUUGGAUAAGGUCUUGGAGAGCUGCUUCCAGCUGCUAUCCCUAUUCUAUCUCACGAUCGGACGAAACAAUGAGGCACCAGCAACAUACGCUAUGACCUCAACUGUCAAGCGACUACUCGACCACCUCACUGAGGCCGAACUCUACUCAGCCAAGGAUCUCGGAAGCAUCAAGUCUACACUUGAAGAUCUGUCUAAAAGCAUUCACGAUGCUGCUACUGAUCCAUCACCCGACAAGCGACACCCUCCAUACAUGCUUGCACUACUUGAGAACCGCGUUGCGCUCUGCAACUCAACCUUGUCGCGUCUUCAGAAGAGAUUAGAGCGAUUACCAGAUUACCUGCUGGAGGCUCAUGAGAAGCUCAUUUCGAUCUUGCGAUCGAUCUCGUUGGCCAACACCAAGUCCAAGUUCUCCACAUCCGAGGUCAAGAAGCUACGGAACCAAAUUUUGGAAAUUGGCGAAAAGCACAAUGGCGGCACAUUUACCGCAGAGGAUGGAACUUUAGAGGAGGGAGGUGAAGUGCUCCGAGACUUGUACCACCGUUGCGUCCGCUGGUCGGACAUGGUUCUUGAGAGACAAGGAGAAGUAGCUGAGCAAUGGCGACCAAUCUACGACCAGCUCAUUCAAAUUCGCAACGACCUCGAGAAGCUUUCUCUUACACAAGCAUGGUCGCUCCGAGAGACUGAUCUGUAUGAUUUCCAACGGCAACUUGACAGAAUUGAUGAGAGCCGACAGAACGGAAACUGGGUGGACGAGCGGGGGCGACCAGCUGAUCUCUGGACUCAGCGAACUUUGCUGUACCUAAUCCGACGGUCGUAUGCGUACAUCUACUCAUUUAUGCUGGCAUCCGAACCAGUCUCCGAAGCUCUGUUGCCUGUUUACAACCAACUGCAGACACUGAAGCGUUGCCUCGUUGAGGUCAAGAAGAAUGGGGGUGUAUCCUCCGUGCGGGAGCUUUACCCCUACAGCAUGAAGCUUAACUCCCUUGAUAACAUGAAAGUUGACGGCAAGUUUGUGGUAAAUGGCGACAUCCCCGAAGGACAAGGCAGUGUUACCGGAUUGUUGGCCGAAUGCUUUGACCUCAACUACGAAUUGAGAGUUGCAGCCGAAGAAGCAGCUGAGAAUGGUUCAAAUGGCAACGAAGCUUAAACCACGCAUGACUUGGUGGCGGGCCAUACCAAAGGAGCAUGGAUAUGUUAGUGUACGAUGGCGUUUACUAUCACUUGAAUUGGAAUUUUAAUUUUUAUAGGUCAGAUAGCUCUUCCUCGCGGUUUUUAGUAAUAGCUUUAGCUCGCUUUCAUUGAGCUGGUAAUGACAUCGAUAUGCAGGGAUUGUUGAGGGCUGGUAUUAGCAAAGCGGUAGGGAACGAACGAUCACAAAGAUUCGAUGUUUCAGCAAUGGACGGAUGGACAACAGGAACAUCAUGGUAGCGGGUCAUGAUAACUAGCAUAAAUAGUAUCAGUUCACUGUUUUGAAAA